CCGGUCGGAGUACGACACGCGACUCCUCCUCGAGUCCCGAUGUGACAACGCUAGAUGAUGACAUGAGUGAUGAACACUCACUAUCUCCAGAAGAUGAUGACUCUCAUAGUCUGUCUACGAAGACCUCGUCCUCUUCUGCAGAAGACCGAAAUCGUGAUGGAAAAGGUGGUAGGAGGAGGAGAACAGCUUUUACCAGUGAACAGCUCCUAGAACUCGAAAAAGAAUUCCACGCCAAAAAGUACUUAUCAUUAACAGAAAGGUCUCAGAUCGCUCAUGCUUUGAAACUAAGCGAGGUGCAGGUGAAGAUUUGGUUUCAGAAUCGCAGAGCCAAAUGGAAAAGAGUUAAAGCCGGACUUGCAUCAGGAAGAAUAGGUUCCAACAACGGAAACAAUGGACCAAAAAUUGUCGUUCCUAUUCCUGUACACGUCAGCCGAAUGGCUAUCAGGAGCCAACACCAACAAGUAGAAAAACCGCUAGCUAGGUGAAAAGAUGCUACCUAGACUAGUUUAUAAAUUUAAUUCACAAUAUGUUCCUUGGGAUGCUGGCUAUCUGAAGGAUACAACGAAUAACAAGAUCUACAGAAGCAUUGCAAAAUUAAUGUGAUGCUUUGAACUAUCAUUGGGGCUAAUACUGGAAUCUGCACUUCAAUGUUACUUACUGUUGCCACAAUGUGCAUUUUAAUGCCUGAAAACUAUUACGGUCUUUUAGUUUAGGAGAUUUGGAACAAUUUUUCUGCUACUCGUGGAAGUAAAUAUAGUUGGGAAUUUCAACGUCUGCUACCGUUUCGACUAUUUUAAAUAAACAAAUAAAAUAUUGCUUUAUUAUUAAAAGCCUUAAACCGUUCAUUGUAAAUAAAACAACAUAGUAUUUUCAAAUGAAUGCCAUAAAUAUUAUGUAUAGUUUCAUUUCGGUGUAGACAAAGUGGAUUUAUUAUUAUUAUUGUUGUUUUAGUAUUGGAUAUGGCAGACGAGUUGCAGGGAGUUUCAACUUAAACUGAAAAUUACAGAACAGUGUAAACCAGCAAACUGCCUUUGCUUAUUAGUAAAACACAAAUAACUUUAAAAAUGGUGUUAUUCGAAGGGAAUUUACUCGUCGAGCAAUGACUUUUAAAUUAUAAGGCACCCGGCUGCAUUUUAACAAAAUAUUGCUUUAGCACAACUAUUGUUUCUUUUUUAUUUGUGAUUGCAUGGAAUGUUUUAACUUUUUUUUUUUUUUUUUUUUUUUUAUCAAACUACAAAAUAAAAUGCUCUAAAUACUAAAAUAAGUUGCAUUGCAAUUACGACGAGUUAUUUAAAGAAGGCGAGAGACAAUCAUGUUUCAUUAAUUUGCAUAUAUUGAUACGCAACAUUUCAGAGAAUUUGUAGACACAAUUUGUAUUUAAUCGAAGUAAUUAAUAAAAAUGUUGAAAAAUUA